AUGUUGGUCUCCCUGACCGUUGGGAAAGUCGACGCUGGCGUUGCAGUCCUCCUCACAGAAGAUAAUCGACUGAUUGAGUUCCCGUCUGUGCUGCUUCCCAGGAAUAUCACAUCUGGCAGCAUAGUUGACAUCACCGUAUCUCCAAACGAAGCUGCCGAAGCUGCGGAUCAAGCUGCUUCUAAAGCGUUACAAGAUAAAAUCCUUAAUACUUAUGGAAUCAACACACCUUCUCCUCCUGUAUUGCGCCUAAAGAAUGCGACGCAGACCUCGUUGGUCUUAGAAUGGGAUCCUAUACAGUUGGCUACAGCCUCACUCAAAUCUCUCUCUCUUUACCGCAAUGGCUCGAAAGCGGGAUCAAUCCCACGACCGCUGGAGAUGCUUAGCACAAAGAUUAGCGGUCUUGCGAUUGAUACCGAAUAUACCUUCCAACUUAUCCUUCGAACAUCGGCCGGCAUGUUUAGCUCUGAGAAGCUCGUUUGUCGAACUCAUAAGAUGACCGAUUUGUCCGGAAUCACUGUUACCGCCGGAAUAUUGCCAGCCAACCUAAAAGAGUCUCUAGCACAAGCUGUGGACCGCAUUGGGGCAAAACUGAUCGAUACUGUCCGUAUCGAUACCACACACUUCGUCUGUACAGAAGGUAGAGGCCAAGCUUGGGAAAAGGCGGUUGAGAUGAACAUUCCCGUUGUUCGCCCAGAGUGGGUGGAAGGAUGUGAGCGUGAAGGCACGAUUGUGAGCGUGAGAGGUUAUUAUUUAAAUGCUGAUCCGAAAUUAAGACAAAUUGGCCCUGGAGUCGGCGCUCAGCAAAAUAAGAAAAACUCGAUUCUGAGCCUGCCAACGCAUGGGCGCCAAAACAGCACAGCUAACUCUCGAUCAUCACCUGAGAACAAUCAGCAUCCACCGGUUACCCCGUUCCCAGGCGGCCCAAGGAGUGAAGUUCCAAACGGCCUAAGACCGGAGGGUGAUUCCCCACCACCUCCUCCGCCAAAGGGUGAUGAUAAUGGGGCUUUGAAGGACCUUCCAAGUCCCCCUUCGGUCAAUAACAAUGAUGAUGAUGAUGACGAUGAAGAAGACGAGGACGAAGAAGACGAGGAGGAAGAAAGAGAAAGCAGCCAGGAAAUGCCAGAAAAUGGUACUUUGAAGAAUGGUGAUGGCAAAGAGCCGACACAUGGACAACUAGAUGAGAAUAACAUAAAUUCUCAAGCUAGUUCAAAUGGUGCAAAAGACAAUGUUAAAUCACAAUCCCCAAGCUCAGAACAGAAACUGUCCAAAACAGAAUCAGGGGAGGCAAAAACUAAAGGAGCUAGUACUGAUGAAGCAGAGAUGGAAGAAGUGACACUAUGA